UGAGCUGUAAUUCCACCCCAGUCCUGUAGAGGGCAGUAAUCUCGCGAGAUUUCCCCUGUCCCUCAAACGCACAAACCGAGGAAGACGUUUGAUCAACGGUGAAGGGGGACUCGCCCUCGUUUAUGCGAUUGAACCGAAUUAAUUCUCGAGCAGACAUGGUGCUGUCGUCCUCGCAGCAGCUCGUCAUGGCGUUCACCGCGGUGCUGCUGGUGUUCGUGCUGUUCCCGCGCAUGUUCGGCGGCAGAGACGGUCAAUCGUUCGAGCCGCGGUCCAGCAGGAGAGGUCCUGGUCCCGGGGUCGGUCCUGGAAGUGUGAAGAGUCAGCAUCAGUUUCACAGGAGUGCAGCACCACAGAUGUCUCAGAGCGUGGAGAACAUGCAGCAGAUGAAGAAACUCAUGGAGCAGGAGCUGAAAAGUGACAAAUUCAAAUCUAACAGCAAUAAGGGCUACGUCUUCACCCUCAUGCCCAUCUACGCCAUCGGUGUUGGGCUCUUCGCCGCGUAUAAGUUUCUAAAGAUUAAAUCUUCAAGCGAUUCUGAAGCUCAGAAAGCCAAAACAGCUCAAGGAGUGAAGAAAUCAGCGGAGACCGAGAGUCAGCUGAACGAGCUGGAGCAGAGACUCACUCAAACCGAGAAGAUGCUCAACUCCAUCCUGACACAGCUGGACCCGCUCACCAACUGUGUGAAGUCUGUUGCAAUGGAGCAGAAGAACGAGAUCAUGUCGCAGCUGCACUGCAUUCGGCAGAUAAUGAAGAAGAGAGGCAUGGAGUGUCCGAGCAUCAGGAUAGAAGAGCCGACAUGUGAGCGCAAUCUAGACGAACUCAUCGAGACUUUGGCCGCAUCCGAAAGGCUUCCAGAAACUCGUCAGGAAUCACAAACACAAGCUGAAAUACAGCCACGUGAUCCCCGAGAGCUCACGCCUGAGUCUGAUGGAGAGGAAGAGCUGGAGGAAGACGAGGAUGAGGAGAACAAGUUCACAGAGGGAAGCGAGAGUGACUCUAGUAUGCCGUCCCUCGAGGACUCGGCCGACGUCAGUGGAGAUGAUGUUACAGUCGCUCAGAAACUUCCAGAAGAUCUGACGGCUGGAUUACGAAAACGCAACAGGCCUGAGUAACGGUGGCACGAAUCCGACGCAAAUCUAUUGAUGUAUUUAUUUAUUUAUUUCAUUGUAAUGAACACUACGCCAGCGUCUACAUAUUAUACUGUUAACAUGACAUCACAUUUACACUAAAAAUGCCAAAUGUUCUCUUAUAUAUAUUUUAUUCGAUCAAAAAUACUAUAAAAAUAGUGAAAUAUUAAUACAGUUUAAAAUAGCUGUUUUCCAUGUGAAUGUAUUCUGAAAUGUAUUUUAUUCCUGUGACGCAAAGCUGAAUUUUCAUCAUCAUUACUCCUUCAGUCUUCAGUUUCCUUGAUGUUUUUUUUGUGGAAACUUAUGUAUUUUAUUUUUUCGAUAGAACAGCAUUUAUUUGAAAUAUAAUUUUUAUAACAUUAGAAAACUCUUUACUGUCACUUUAGAACUAUUUAAUGCAUUAAUGCAAUACUUUCGCAUGGUUGCGUAUCACAGUUUACCCACGAAUAUUAAUCAGCAGAAAUUCAGCUUUAUUAUCAGCGUAAUAAAUUACAGUUUAAAAUCUAUUCAAACUGAAACCUGUUAUUUUACAUUCUAAAAAUAUUUCAGAUUAUUACCGUUUUUACUGCAUUUCUAUAUCAAAUUAUUAAUGAGUGACAUUAAUUUAAAGAAGAUGUAAUAACUUGCUCCGCCUCUAAAACGAGGUUUCUUUUUACUGACAUCAUCGAGGCCAGCUGGAUGGGGAAAAUAGCAUCCACAAACUGUUUAGUCAUUGCUUUAGGAAUCAGCCUUUCUGAACUCUUUACAUCAGUUAACACAAAUGUAAUGUUAGGUUAAUGCACUGAUAGCAAAUAAUAAUGUGUGAAAAUGUCACUAUGGAAUAUCGUUUCGCUUUGACUUUUAAGCGUUCUCUGGAUUUCUUUUAGUUUGAGUCAGUCAUAAUCACAUGUAUGUCAGUGUGUAUCUGCAGAAGUGGCUUCCUUUCCCUCGAUGAUGCAGUGAGGCUAAAGGAAUGGAUCCAAGGCAGCUCGUGAUGUUUUGUGGAUGGUUUGUCAUUUGCAUGUUUGCUGUGGCCUGCGGAGGAGGUUUCGCACAGCUGCAUGUGUCUGGUUUGACAAUCACAUGCUUUAAAGCUUUCCAAAUGUGAGGACCUGAAACAGGAUGUUCUUAGAGAGACGUUACAGCUCUGAGCUUUAUUUAUUACAUUUUUUUUUUACUUGAAUCGAAUACCAAACCCUAAAUGUGAGAAGACGUUUAUGCACGUUGUUGCUCUCUGUGCCACAUUUCAGAUCGAAUGUUUUUAUAAAUCUGCUUUUCAAAGCUUCAUUUUAGAGAUUUGUGUUACGUCUUUUAUGAUACGUUUUCAUUAUUUUGCCAAUCAUAUUCUGAGAAUAAUUCAAGAAAAAAAAAUAGUAGUUGUGAUUCCUAAAUCAAAACGUUAUCAGUUAUAUUUAGUGACUACUAUUGCUGCUGUGUUUCGGGCAUCAUUUUAAAAACAUGCAACUGGUCCUAUUAGAGAAAUAUUUUUUGUUGCAUGUCCUUUGAAUGAUGUGAUUUAGCAUUGGAAGAUGUGGUAUGAAAUUGGCAUGUAAUCAGACUCUAUACUUCCUGUGUUCAUUGUUUUUGCCUUGUAUGUGGUGUGCAGUUUAGAUGAAUAUAUUAUGAACAACUGUUGAAAGCCUUAAAUAAAUUCCAAAUACAUGUUGUACAUGUUAUAA